UCAUAUGGGAGAAUCUCCUCUUGCAUAUAAAAGGAGUUCUCAGCUCUCUUCCCCCCCUCGUUCUCUGCUUGCACGAUUCCUAACUUCAAACUUUCCCUCGUUUUCUCAGCGUUUCCAAGGGACGGUUCGCGUUUUCACGGCUCUUUUCCUUUUCCUCCAAGCACAUUCAGCAAUUCCAACUACUGAACUUGUAUAUUGGACUGUUUGGAGAUGGCUGAGGAUGGUUACAAGGUGUCCUUGAAUGUUUAUGAUUUAAGCCAAGGGCUUGCUCGUCAACUCUCUACUACGUUCUUAGGAAAAGCUAUCGAAGGCAUAUGGCACACAGGUAUAGUAGUUUAUAGAAAUGAAUAUUACUUUGGAAGAGGAAUCCAACAUUCACCAGUUGGAACUACACCGUAUGGGACUCCAAUUCGAGUAGUGGAGUUGGGUGUCACACAUGUGCCCAAGGAGCUCUUUGAGGAAUAUUUACGUGAGAUCAGUCCUCGAUACACAGCUGAAACUUACAGUUUGCUGACUCACAACUGCAAUAACUUCUGCAAUGAGGUUGCCCAGUUUUUAGUGGGUGUUACCAUCCCUAACUAUAUAUUGCAGCUUCCUAAUGAAGUAAUGAGCAGUCCAAUGGGUGCUCUUAUAAUGCCCAUGAUUCAGCAACUGGAAAGCACAUUGAGGGUUGGUGCUGUACCCCAAGCUCCACAGUUUAAGCCUUCCCAGCCUACUACUCUCACAUCAAGUUCCAAUAGUUCCACUCGCAGCAGUCUGAACAAGUCUACCGGAGAAGGAACCAGUACCAGAGCAAAGGCCCCCUUGAAACCAGAUGCAAAUGGAUCCGUAUAUUCUAAAAAGACAUCACGAAAGCCUAGUCUAGACAAAAAAGUGCAACCUGCUGUCAAACCAGCUGGAGCUAAGGUUAAUGGGGCCUCCGGAGAUCCCCUUGGGACUGCCAGGAACAAAGUGCAGGAGGAGAUAAGCAGUGAAUUUGCUGCAAUUAUGGCGACUGGAACACUGAGAGCAAGUGAGGCGGCAGCACUUGCUACAAGAAGAGUGAUGGAAAGACAUGGAAUGAUGAAUGUGGUCUUGCCACAGAGCUAGAAUGGAGAAAGGGUCCUUACAGAAAUACGAGUUUGGUGUUCCAACUAAAUUGCGGGAUAGAAAAAUUCUAUCUACAAUCCUUGAUGUUAUAAUGGCAUUUAAAAUUCAACCUCAGUUCACUGAUUCUGGCCUUCUGGGAAGUGGAAGUGUGAGAGGAAAGAGCCAUGAGUAUGCGAGAAAGUUAAACUGCAACAGAUACUCUGACUCCAACAUGACGAUGAUGAAUCAGUAAUGGAACCUUUCUUCUAUACUUUUUGCUUAUAAAACCAUAAUAAAUCAGUAAUUUUUAGUAAAAAAUAAUAAAUCUCUUAGGGAAGCUUUCUUUUUCUACUAUGCAAAACAAAUAGGCGUUGCCUUUAAAACAGAUUCUCAGCCUAAGGUUCUCCUAUUUGGCACAUGAUUACCAAUCUCUAUGAAAGGCGUUUCUUCCAUGUUA